GGUGUUUCCUAGGGGACUGAGGGAGGGCCGGGGCGGUACGAAGCGGGGGAGGGCCGUGCGCGUAAUGGCAGCGCCGUGGCCUCGCGUCCAUCUUUACCGUUCUCUCGGACCUGUCACAAAGGAGUCGCGCCGCCGCCCCCUCGCUCCGGUGGGCCCGGGAGCUAGAGAAAGUCAGUGCUGCAGCCCGACCGCGCUGCUCUGAGAAGCCCCUGGGCACGCGGAGCGGGAGGGAGUGUGAGGGUUGGAGGCGACUGUGAGGGAAGGAAACAGCCUCUCGAGCCUGGGGCGGGCGGACCGGACUGGAGCCGGGGCAGGCUCUGGGAAAGGGCCCGGGAGAGAGGUGGCGUUGCUCAGAAGCCGAGAAACAGCCGAGAGGUUUUCCACCGAGGCCCGCGCUUGAGGAAUCCGAAGAGGUUCCUAGAAGAGGGUGUUCCCUCUUUCGGAGGUCCUCACCAGAAGAGGUUCUUGGGGGUCGCCCUUCUGAGGAGGCUGAGGCUAACAGGGCCCAGGUGAGAGGCAGCUAUCUAUCUCCUGGGGUGGCUCCUGGUACUGAGGGGGUCCUAUCUACUCAGGGGUGCCCGGGAUAGAAAGGGUAGAUGAGGGGACGCUUUGGGAGGGUUCCUUUUGUGGAGUUUGCGGUCUAGGUGGCACGGGUGGGAGGCGGACCUCCCCUGGGAGAUUUAGAAACGCCUUGGGAUAGAAAGAAUGGGGCUGGGAGGUAGGAGCCAGAACUAGCGGAUUCUCGUACUACGGAGGCCGGAGCUGAAAAUUGGAACUGCUAUUGGAUGACCAGAAUUCCCUGUAGUUGAUAAUGUUGGGAAUAAGCUCUGCAACUUUCUUUGGCCUUCAGUUGUUAAAAACAAAUAGGAUGCAAAUUCCUCAACUCCAGAUUAUGAAAACAGUACUUGGAAAACUGAAAACUACCUAAAUGAUCGUCUUUGGUUGGGCCGUGUUCUUAGCGAGCAGAAGCCUUGGCCAGGGUCUGCUGUUGACUCUCGAAGAGCACAUAGCCCACUUCCUAGGAACUAGAGGUGCCACUGCUACCAUGGGUAAUUCCUGUAUCUGCCGAGAUGACAGUGGAACAGAUGACAGUGUCGACACCCAGCAGCAACAGGCCGAGAACAGUGCAGUACCCACUGCUGACACAAGGAGCCAACCACGGGACCCUGUUCGGCCACCGAGGAGGGGCCGAGGACCACAUGAGCCAAGGAGAAAGAAACAAAAUGUGGAUGGGCUAGUGUUGGACACACUGGCGGUAAUACGGACUCUUGUAGAUAAUGAUCAGGAACCUCCCUAUUCAAUGAUUACAUUACAUGAAAUGGCAGAAACAGAUGAAGGAUGGUUGGAUGUUGUCCAGUCUUUAAUUAGAGUUAUUCCACUGGAAGAUCCACUGGGACCAGCUGUUAUAACAUUGUUAUUAGAUGAAUGUCCAUUGCCCACUAAAGAUGCACUCCAGAAAUUGACUGAAAUUCUCAAUUUAAAUGGAGAAGUAGCUUGCCAGGACUCAGGCCAUCCUGCCAAACACAGGAACACAUCUGCAGUCCUAGGCUGCUUGGCUGAGAAACUAGCAGGUCCUGCAAGUAUAGGUUUACUGAGCCCAGGAAUACUGGAAUAUUUGCUACAGUGUCUGAAGUUACAGUCCCACCCCACAGUCAUGCUUUUUGCACUUAUCGCACUGGAAAAGUUUGCACAGACAAGUGAAAAUAAAUUGACUAUUUCUGAAUCCAGUAUUAGUGACCGGCUUGUCACAUUGGAGUCCUGGGCUAAUGAUCCUGAUUAUCUGAAACGUCAAGUUGGUUUCUGUGCCCAGUGGAGCUUAGACAAUCUCUUUUUAAAAGAAGGUAGACAGCUGACCUAUGAGAAAGUGAACUUGAGUAGCAUUAGGGCCAUGCUGAAUAGCAAUGAUGUCAGCGAGUACCUGAAGAUCUCACCUCAUGGCUUAGAGGCUCGCUGUGAUGCCUCCUCUUUUGAAAGUGUGCGUUGCACCUUUUGUGUGGAUGCUGGGGUAUGGUACUAUGAAGUAACAGUGGUCACUUCUGGUGUCAUGCAAAUUGGCUGGGCCACUCGAGACAGCAAAUUCCUCAAUCAUGAAGGCUAUGGCAUUGGGGAUGAUGAAUACUCUUGUGCGUAUGAUGGCUGCCGGCAGCUGAUUUGGUACAAUGCCAGAAGUAAGCCUCACAUACACCCAUGCUGGAAAGAAGGAGAUACAGUAGGAUUUCUGUUAGACUUGAAUGAAAAGCAAAUGAUCUUCUUUUUAAAUGGCAACCAGCUGCCUCCUGAAAAGCAAGUCUUUUCAUCUACUGUAUCUGGAUUUUUUGCUGCAGCUAGUUUCAUGUCAUAUCAACAAUGUGAGUUCAAUUUUGGAGCAAAACCAUUCAAAUACCCACCAUCUAUGAAAUUUAGCACUUUUAAUGACUACGCCUUCCUAACAGCUGAAGAAAAAAUCAUUUUGCCAAGGCACAGACGUCUUGCUCUGUUGAAGCAAGUCAGUAUCCGAGAAAACUGCUGUUCCCUUUGUUGUGAUGAGGUAGCAGAUACACAAUUGAAGCCAUGUGGACACAGUGACCUGUGCAUGGAUUGUGCCUUGCAGCUGGAGACCUGCCCAUUGUGUCGUAAAGAAAUAGUAUCUAGAAUCAGACAGAUUUCUCAUAUUUCAUGACACAUGUGAAGAGGCAUCGUGGACUUUUUUCUACUCAAUUCCAGCCAAUGUUGAAAAGAAAAAGAAAAAAAACUCUCUAAUCAGUUGUACACAUACUGAAACUUAUAGCCAUGGCCAGAUUUUAUGCUAAAAAUGGUAGUUUGUCAAAGACAAAAUUCUCUUAGAAUCUAAUCCAACUUGCCAGCCCUGAAAAAAUCCCUUUAAGGCCACGGAAAGCUGAAUGCUAGCAGCCAGGCCUGUGGUACUUCCAUGAAAAACUAUAGGAGACAGUGCCCUCCCAAGUACUGAAAUCACACUGGAAUCCUCCAUGUUGGGUUCAUUUGAUUGUUUAACACAGGACGUGUUGUGUCAUUCUGAAGUUUUUAUUUGGGGCAGAAGUCUUUAUGGAGAUGUAAAUGACAGCAUUUCUGGGUUAUGCAUAACUUCUCACUGGUUGGAGAGACACCGGUGUGUUAAGCAUGGAUAUUGCAUUGCAAGACUUGAAUCUAUAAACAUUAGAAUCACACAGUCAGUACUACAAGCAAAACAGAGAACCUGAAAGAAGGUGCACAGACUGUAAGAAAAAACCCAAGUUUGUGAUAUUUCAGUGAUUCCAAAGAACAUUCUAGGUUUUUUGUUGUUUUUUUGUUUUUUGGGUUUUUUUUUUUUACUGCAGAAAAUCGGUGGUAUUUUCAUAUUCAUAGUGUUCCUAUCCAAUUUCAGUACCACAUUUUAUGAGGAAAAAAUGUUUUACCAAUGCAGGAGGAAUUCUUAAAUUAGCUAUAAUGUUAGGUUGGAGAAAAUUUGGUAUUUAGGGUAUUUUUAAGGUACCAUCAAAUCAGAUUUCUGUUUUUUUGUUAAAAAAAUUUUUUUAAUCAGUAUUGUUUUUACAAGUAAUAUACUUUGAAACUCUUGAACUAAUAGUCUCACAAACUCUAGAGGACAGUCUGAGAACACGUAUUUCUAUUGUUCUAAAUAAAUACAUGUUUUUGAAUAGUAAGUUCAAUCAUGAA